AGCAGCAGCAGCGGCAGCGGCGGCAAGAGAAGGAGGAGAAGCAGCAGCAGCAGCAGCUCGUGCAAUGACUGCCGCAUAUUAAUAGCUGACGAUUUUGUGUGGGCGCUGCUGCUGGAGACAUAACCUUACUCUGAAGUUGGGCAACUGACUAGGAAAUACAUUUUUUUUCUUUGCUCCUUUUCCCUUCUCCCUCUUGGUGUGUAUAUCAGUAAGGAAACAAAAAGGAAGAAAAGCCUCCCCCCUCCCUCCCUUCCCCCCUGGUGGAGGUGGCUAUGUAGCAGAACAAGAAGAGGGGGAAGGAGACACUUUUUUUUCCCCUUAUCCUUGCCUGGGUUCUCCACCCUUCUGCUACCCGCUUUCGAGCUUCGAUUAUUAUUUUUGUUUUAGGGGGAGGAGGUUGUCUUUACUGUGGCAGGUCCAUCUUUUCCCCCUGGGUUCCAUGGCUGGAUUGUGGGAGCAGCUCCUGGCUACAGGCUGUUGAGCAACUGAUGGGACUAUCUCAGGAACCGGAGGUUACAAAAGGCAGUCUUUAUUGGUGGAGAUGGAUGAGAUCUCAGAUAUUUGAUGAAGUAUUGAAGAUUUUUGAGGUACAUGCACAUGCUAAAGAAAUGUUGAUUGCUGUGAUCUGCAAAAAAAAAAUAUGGAUUUUUAGCAACUGAAGAGCAAGUCAAGGUCUUGGAUUCUGGAUAUUUGUGUUUUUAUUUUUAAACAUUUUUUUGAGGGAGGCUUUUUUUUCUUUUCUUUUUUUAAAAUUCUCCUCCCUUUAAAGUAGAGCCAUCUACUUCUUGGAGUACUGAAGAGGGAACAAAAGGACAUUUAUUUCAUUUCACUUUUGAAGCACUCAUCACUGAGCAACCUUCAAGCCACAGUACUCAGCCAUGUGGUCAUCACAGCUGCUAUUCUUCAUGACGCUCUUUGCACCAAUCGUUCAUGCUUUCAGUCGUGCCCCAAUUCCAAUGGCUGUGGUCCGAAGGGAACUAUCCUGUGAAAGCUACCCAAUAGAACUUCGAUGUCCUGGAACAGAUGUUAUCAUGAUUGAAAGUGCCAACUAUGGUAGGACUGAUGAUAAAAUCUGUGACUCUGAUCCUGCUCAGAUGGAGAAUAUCCGGUGUUAUCUACCAGAUGCCUAUAAGAUUAUGUCUCAAAGAUGCAAUAACCGAACACAGUGUGCUGUGGUAGCAGGCCCUGAUGUGUUUCCAGACCCAUGUCCAGGAACCUACAAAUAUCUUGAAGUGCAGUAUGAAUGUGUCCCUUACAAAGUGGAACAAAAAGUUUUUCUUUGUCCUGGACUGCUCAAAGGCGUAUACCAGAGUGAGCAUUUGUUUGAGUCUGACCACCAGUCUGGGGCAUGGUGCAAGGACCCCCUUCAGGCUUCAGACAAGAUUUAUUACAUGCCCUGGACUCCUUACAGAACGGACACCCUCACGGAGUACUCAUCCAAGGAUGAUUUUAUUGCUGGAAGGCCAACCACAACUUACAAGCUCCCUCACCGAGUAGAUGGCACAGGAUUUGUAGUCUAUGAUGGAGCUUUGUUCUUCAACAAGGAGCGCACAAGAAAUAUAGUUAAGUUUGACUUGCGGACUAGGAUAAAGAGUGGGGAGGCCAUCAUAGCUAAUGCCAAUUACCAUGAUACAUCCCCUUACCGGUGGGGAGGAAAAUCUGACAUAGACCUGGCAGUAGAUGAGAAUGGGCUAUGGGUCAUCUAUGCAACAGAACAGAACAAUGGUAAAAUUGUCAUUAGCCAAUUGAACCCUUAUACUUUAAGGAUUGAAGGGACAUGGGAUACAGCCUAUGAUAAAAGGUCAGCUUCCAACGCUUUUAUGAUUUGUGGGAUUUUGUAUGUGGUCAAAUCUGUAUAUGAAGAUGAUGACAAUGAAGCUACAGGGAAUAAGAUAGACUAUAUUUACAACACUGACCAAAGUAAAGAUAGUUUGGUGGAUGUACCCUUUCCAAAUUCAUACCAGUACAUAGCCGCUGUGGAUUAUAACCCUCGAGACAAUCUACUUUAUGUGUGGAACAAUUACCAUGUUGUGAAGUAUUCUUUGGAUUUUGGACCUCUGGAUAGCAGAUCAGGGCAGGCACAUCAUGGUCAAGUUUCAUACAUUGCUCCACCCGUUCACCUGGACUCGGAGUUAGAAAGACCCCCUUCUAAAGAAAUCUCCACCACAGGGCCACUUGGCUUGGGAAGCACUACCACCACCACCAGUACAACCUUGAGGAUCACCACAGGAAGCCCAGGAAGGAGUACCACCACAUCAGUGCCAGGGAGAAGGAACAGAAGCACCAGUACCCCAUCCCCAGCAGCAGCAGCACCAGAUGAAAUCACCACCCACCUUCCACCUGCUUCCUCUCAGCUCCCAGCUCUGGAAGAGAGCUGUGAUGCUGUGGAAGCUCGGGAAAUCAUGUGGUUUAAAACCCGUCAAGGACAGAUGGCAAAGCAGCCAUGCCCUGCGGGGACAGUAGGUGUGUCUACCUUCCUCUGUUUGGCCCCUGAUGGAAUUUGGGAUCCUCAAGGACCAGAUCUCAGCAACUGUUCUUCUACUUGGGUCAAUCACAUAACACAGAAGUUGAAGUCUGGUGAGACAGCUGCUAACAUAGCCAGGGAGCUUGCUGAGCAGACCAGAAAUCAGUUGAAUGCUGGGGAUAUCACCUACUCAGUUCGUGCAAUGGAUCAACUGGUAGGCUUGCUGGAUGUUCAGCUCCGAAAUCUGACUCCUGGUGGAAAAGACAGUGCUGCACGUAGUUUAAACAAGCUUCAGAAAAGAGAGCGCUCUUGCAGAGCCUAUGUCCAGGCAAUGGUUGAGACAGUUAACAACCUGCUCCAGCCACAGGCUUUGAAUGCAUGGCGGGACCUCACAACAAGUGAUCAGCUACGUGCAGCCACCAUGUUACUUGACACUGUGGAGGAAAGUGCUUUUGUGUUGGCCGAUAACCUUUUGAAGACAGACAUAGUCAGGGAAAACACAAACAAUAUUCAAUUGGAAGUUGCAAGGCUGAGUACAGAAGGGAAUUUAGAAGAUCUAAAAUUUCCAGAAAAUAUGGGCCAUGGAAGUACUAUUCAGCUUUCUGCAAAUACCCUGAAACAAAAUGGCCGAAAUGGAGAGAUCAGAGUGGCUUUUGUCCUGUAUAACAACUUGGGUCCUUAUUUGUCCACGGAGAAUGCCAGUAUGAAGUUGGGAACAGAGGCCAUGUCCACCAAUCAUUCUGUCAUCGUCAAUUCCCCUGUUAUUACAGCAGCAAUAAACAAAGAGUUCAGUAAUAAAGUUUAUUUGGCUGAUCCAGUAGUGUUUACUGUUAAGCAUAUCAAGCAAUCUGAGGAAAAUUUCAACCCUAACUGUUCAUUCUGGAGCUACUCCAAGCGUACAAUGACAGGCUAUUGGUCAACACAGGGCUGUCGCCUCCUGACAACAAAUAAGACGCACACUACAUGCUCUUGUAAUCACCUAACCAACUUUGCUGUGUUGAUGGCCCAUGUGGAAGUUAAGCAUAGUGAUGCAGUCCAUGACCUUCUUCUGGAUGUGAUUACAUGGGUUGGAAUUCUCCUGUCCCUUGUUUGCCUCCUGAUCUGCAUCUUCACCUUCUGCUUUUUCCGUGGCCUUCAGAGUGACCGUAACACCAUCCAUAAAAAUCUCUGUAUCAGCCUCUUUGUAGCUGAGCUGCUCUUUUUGAUUGGCAUCAAUCGAACUGACCAACCAAUUGCCUGUGCAGUCUUUGCUGCCCUCUUACAUUUCUUCUUCUUGGCUGCCUUCACUUGGAUGUUCCUGGAAGGAGUACAGCUUUAUAUCAUGUUGGUGGAGGUUUUUGAGAGUGAACAUUCACGCAGAAAAUACUUCUAUUUGGUUGGCUACGGGAUGCCAGCACUCAUCGUCGCUGUGUCAGCAGCUGUAGACUACCGGAGUUAUGGGACAGACAAAGUAUGUUGGCUCCGGCUUGACACCUACUUCAUUUGGAGCUUUAUAGGACCAGCGACCUUGAUAAUUAUGCUUAAUGUAAUCUUCCUUGGGAUUGCUUUAUAUAAGAUGUUUCAUCAUACUGCCAUUUUGAAACCUGAAUCCGGCUGUCUUGAUAAUAUCAACUAUGAGGAUAACAGACCCUUCAUCAAGUCAUGGGUUAUAGGUGCAAUAGCUCUUCUCUGCCUGUUAGGACUGACCUGGGCCUUUGGACUUAUGUAUAUUAAUGAAAGCACAGUCAUCAUGGCGUAUCUCUUCACCAUUUUCAAUUCUCUACAGGGAAUGUUUAUAUUCAUUUUCCAUUGUGUUCUUCAGAAAAAGGUACGUAAAGAAUAUGGGAAAUGUCUACGCACACAUUGCUGUAGUGGCAAAAGUACAGAGAGUUCCAUUGGCUCAGGGAAAACAUCUGGUUCUCGAACUCCUGGACGCUAUUCCACAGGCUCACAGAGCCGGAUUCGAAGGAUGUGGAAUGACACAGUUCGAAAGCAGUCUGAGUCUUCCUUUAUUACCGGAGAUAUAAACAGUUCAGCAUCACUCAACAGAGAGCCCUACAGAGAGACAAAGGGGCUUCUGAACAAUGCCAGGGAUACAAGUGUCAUGGAUACUCUACCACUGAAUGGUAACCACGGCAAUAACUACAGCAUUGCCAGCAGCGAGUACUUGAGCAACUGUGUGCAAAUCAUUGACCGUGGCUACAAUCAUAAUGAGACAGCCCUAGAGAAAAAAAUCCUGAAGGAACUCACUUCCAACUAUAUCCCUUCUUAUCUGAACAACCAUGAGCGCUCUAGUGAGCAGAAUAGGAACCUGAUGAACAAACUGGUGAAUAACCUUGGCAGUGGGAGUGAAGAUGAUGCCAUUGUCCUUGAUGAUGCCACCUCCUUCAACCAUGAGGAGAGUCUGGGCCUGGAACUCAUUCAUGAAGAGUCUGAUGCCCCUUUGCUGCCCCCAAGAGUUUAUUCCACAGAGAACCACCAGCCACAUCAUUACACCAGAAGGCGGAUCCCACAAGACAACAGUGAGAGCUUUUUCCCCUUGCUAACCAAUGAGCACACAGAAGACCUCCAGUCACCCAACAGGGAUUCUCUCUAUACCAGUAUGCCCGCACUGGCUGCUAUGCCAGGCACAGAAAGCGUUACCACCAGCACCCAGACCGAUCCCCCGCCAGCCAAAAGUGGUGAUGCUGAUGAUGUUUACUACAAAAGUAUGCCAAAUCUAGGCUCCAGAAACCACGUCCAUCAGCUGCACACUUACUACCAACUAGGGCGAGGAAGCAGUGAUGGAUUUAUAGUUCCUCCAAACAAAGACGGGUCCUCCCCAGAGGGGAGUUCCAAGGGACCUGCUCACUUGGUCACUAGUCUAUAGAAGAGUAAGCAAAAAUUUAAGCCAACAAAAUCCCUAACACCUGGUUUACUGUUCCGAGUUAAUAUAAGCAGUGGUAAUAUUGUGUGUACUCCUAAAUCUUUAUGCUGUUCUAAAGGGAAAACAAAUGGACAAAAAUCAAAAACAAGAAACAAAAACUUUCAGACUUUUUUUUUUUACUGGAAUUUUUAGGCCAGCCCAGGGGAGAAUGAUAACUGCUGAAAUUCCCCUCUCCCCCUCUCUCUUGUCCUUCCCCCCUCAGAGACUUCAUUAUGUUAAUGAACGGGAUAUGAAGAAAAUGGCACUCUUUGUGGCCUUCUUGAAUUAAUGCUGUGUUUGUUUAAACAUCUCUGAUGCUCUGUUACUAUUCUAAUAUGGACCUAAUUUUAAAAAGGCCAGAACACGCAUCUGAAAUUAGUAACAGUAACGCAUCUAGAUUGGAGUGCUGCACAAACAAACAUAACAAAGCAAAACUGUUUAUUAUCAAUCUGUAUCACCUAAUGGUUUUUGGUCACUCAUAACUUGAUUUUACCACAGCAGACUUAGCUGUGGGGUAAAACAAAAUAAAAUCCUAAUGAAAUGGAAGGGAAUUCUAGAAUUAUAUGCUAAAUGCAUAUUUUAUGUUUUGCUGUAUUAACUGAUGAUAAAACUAAUGGCAGAAAAAUUGAACAGUUUCUAUGUAAUGUACAGAUACUAGCAUUGCACAUAUAGUCUGCUUUCCGUUCCUCCAGAACUUGCGUCCCUGUUAAUGUAGUGGAAAACAAAAAAACAAAAAACAAACAAAAACAAAAAAACAAAAAAAAGAACUUUCUGUUGUGCUGGUCUUGCAAGUUUGUCUUACCAGUAGGAGCAAGAUUUUCAUUAGUUUUUUGGGGGCCAUUUUUUUUCUUAAUAUUUCACUGGGCAAAAUAAAUAAACAAGAACUAUCACUUUAUAAGGAUCAUUUUCUAGUAAUACAAACACAAAUUAUUUUUUACAAAAAAAAAAUUGGAUCUUCUUCCCUCACUCUGUAUCUUUAUUCGGUGGCUAUAUUGCAAACAGGACUUUUGCAGAUUAGAGCAGGACAAACUUUAUGUUUACAAUGCACAGCUGAUAUAAUACAAAGCCAAUUGGGCAAGAAGUCCCUCACCAAGGCAGUAGGAAUGGAUCAAGAAGUUGAGAGGUAUCUAUAGAAACAGUGAGGACUUUUUGCAUGUGAAAAUGAUAAUCUUCUAGGACUAAGGGCACUCCUGGUUCAUUCUUGGCUCCUAGAUGAGGAACUUGUAUUGCAGUUGGUUAAAAGAAAUAUAUUCGCCCAUACUACAAAUUGAAAAAUCCAAUUAUUUUGAUGCGACUAAAAAGAAAAUCCUCUUUUCAUUACUUUCCCAAAGAGGGAAAAAGUUAUUUAUUUGACAGGAUUUUAAGUAAUGUAGGAUUUCAGGAGGUAAAUUAGCAGCACAGAUUAUAAUUUUUUUUAAUUUAUGAUCCAUUUUGUAUGGUCUCAAAGUUGAAUGACCUCAUUACUAAUAUUUGUUGUAAAAGUGAAACUUGUUUGCCAACCAAUAAACAACUGAUUAAGAUUUAGAAGA